CGCGCGUCGCCCGCGCCCGGCAGCUGCGCGGCGGCCGCAGCGGCCGCCGCGCAGCUGCCCGGCUUGCAGCCUCUCUGGUCGCCAGGACGCGUCGGGGCCGCGGCCGGCGGCGACGCGGUCCCGCAGCGCGGCGCUGACAGCCCGCGCGGCACCGCGGCGGCCAUGGCCCGCAAGCAGCAGCCGCUCGGCCAUCCGCCGCUGUCAAUGCCGCCGCCGGCGCUGGCGCGGCCGCUCGGCGCCGCCGGCGGGGGCCGCCUCUGGAGCCCCGACGCCGCCCUGCCUGACGGCACCGCGGCCGCCGCGGGGGGCCGUCCGCCCCUUGGUGCGCAUGCGGGUGCGCCCUGCGUGGCCGGCGGCGCCGCCUCGCCGCCGGGCGGCGCGGGGGCCGGGCUGCUGGGGUGCCUUGGGGCGAUGAAAGCAGUCGCGUUUCCCGAGGAUCUGGACGAUGACGUCACCGCCUUUGCCCGCGGCCCCCUGAUUACGACAGAGGUCGUCCCUGAUUACUCGUCGGCCCCGCAGCCGCCGCCGGGCUCCGGCGGCGCCCGCGCGCCCGCGGCCGCGGCGGCGGGCGCCGGCCCCUCCCCAGUUCUGCCGGCGCUGCGGGCGGUGGCAGGCGGGGAGGAGGAGGGCUCGUUCUCGAAUUGGAUGGCGUUCGCAUCUCAAAUGGGCAUGUUGGGCGGCGGCAGCAGCAGCGGUGGUGGCGACACUGUGGCAGUCAGCAGCUUGGGGCCAGACGGCGCGCAGUGCAGCUUGGGCCACCGGCCGCGCCGAGGUGACGGCGCCCCCCCGCCCUGGCCCCCAGCCGUGACCGGCAAGCAGGCGCCGCCAGCGCCGCGGCAGCCCGGCAUGACGCGCCACAGCAGCAUCUGCCUUGAUGCGUGCGCGGGCGCCGCCGACCAGGGUCCGGCCCCAGCGGCGCCGCACGUGCCGCCCUCUGGCCCGGGGCCGCUCGCGGCCCCGGCCCCGCCGGCGCCGCUCGGGCCCGGCGCCGCGAUCAGCCACGCGUUCGAGAUGCCUUCCUUCUUUUGCCAAGCCUCCCCAAGCGCGGGCGCUGGCGGCGCGGAAGCCGGGGGGGCGGCGCCUCGGCUGCCCGCGCGGCCGGCUACUGCAGAGCCCAUCCACGGCCACAGGCAGUGGGUCCCGUGA